CGGAGGUAGUUCGAGUUUCGGUUUUAGCGCAAUCGUUUCGUGUCCUGUUCGUUAAAUGUGAUAAUUUGGUAUGCAAAAACGUGAAAAUUACAUUUAAUUCCCAUUCUAUUUAAUACAUCGUUGACAUCGAAUUAAAGUGAAAGUAGAAUUUUAGGAUAGUACGUUGAAUUCUUUACGAUCAACUCGUAAAUUUGCAUAAGAAAUAAUUUUCUAUUAUUUUACAACGUAAAUAUAAGAGAAAAUGGGGAAAAACUGAAUUUGAAAAUAUUAAUAACAGCACUGUGAUACGUUGCAAAUUUUAGAUUGAUAAUAUGGUUUUUAAAUUAGGAAAAGAUUUAAUACCAACAAGAUCCAUAAUAUGGAUAAUGUUGUUUACAUGCACUUUUAUCCUGUACAUGAUCAGAGUGAACAUGUCCAUACUUAUAAUCGCAAUGGUGGAACCAGGAAAGACGUCUGAAUCAAAAAUUUUUGUACCGGAAUGUGCCAGAAUUUCAAACAUUACCAACGAAUCCAUAAUGAUUUCACCAGUUCCAGACAAAUUCACAUCACUUCCAAAUUAUGGACCGAGAUAUGAAUGGAACAAAAAGCUUCAGGGAUUGAUUUUGGGCUCGUACUUUUGGGGAUUCACUAUUACAGGAAUUCCAGGUGGUGCCUUGGCGGAAAAAUUCGGCCCAUCGAAAAUCAUUAUGAUUUCCUUCCUAGUAGCAGGAGGAUUGACACUUUUGGGUCCCCUUACCGCUUCCUGGCAUCCUAUGGCUCUGAUCGUGUCCAGAUUUCUCAUUGGACUCUUCGGGGGAGUAGUGUACCCAUGUUUACACAAUUUGGUAGCAAAAUGGGUACCAGCUCAAGAAAAGGGUAAAUUCAUGGGUGCAUUGUUAGGGGGUGCUAUGGGAACGGUCGCCACAUGGCCAUAUUUGGGUGCUGUUAUAGAAAGGUAUGGAUGGAAUUGGGGUUUCUUUUCAAAUGGUAUUAUCGUUCUUUUAUGGACAGUCGCUUGGGUGUGUCUUGUUAGAGACACCCCAUCAGAUCAUCCUUGGAUUAGCCAAUCUGAAAAACAAUAUAUUGAAGAUGGGCUUGGAGGAAACGUCAAUAAUAAAAAAAGGUUGGCACCUUACGGACUUAUAUUUCGAUCGGUACCAUUUUUGGCUUUGAUCGUGUUACACUUUGGUAACCUGUGGGGAUUGUUCUUUCUGAUGACAGCUGGACCCAAUUUCAUGUCUUCUGUACUAGGUUUUGAUUUGGGUCAUACUGGAAUUCUGGCGGCUCUUCCCUAUUUAGCUAGGCUGAUUUUUGGAUUCGUUUUUGGAUCAAUCGGCGAUCAAAUUAGAAAAAAGAACUGGAUGACGACUACUACGACACGAAAGAGCUUUGUCCUAUUUUCUCAUAUUCUUCCUGGAUUUUUAUUGUUGAUGCAGACAUUUACGGGUUGCGACGCAAAUUGGGCAAUAGUUCUUAUAACACUAUCUCUGGGUUUGAAUGGCGCUUCAACUUUGACCAACCUGCAAAAUUCUCAAGAUUUGGCGCCCAAUUUUGCUGCCACUUUGUAUGGAAUUGCUAAUUGCAUUGGCAGCACUACAGGGUUUAUUUCUCCUCUAAUCGUUGGAUAUUUGACUACAAAAAAAAACGGUUUAGACGAAUGGCACAUAAUUUUCUACAUUGGUUCCUCUGUUUACAUCGCGUGUGCAUUUUUCUUCAUCCUCUUUGGAACUGGAGACAUUCAACCUUGGAAUUUCGAAGAAACAACUACGCAUAAAACGGGUACAGAAAAUGCUGCUUACAUUACUGAAGACGAAGAGACAAUAGAUAAUGAAAACACUAAAGUGUAAUAUGUACAUUUUAUUGCAUAAUCAGAAGGGAGUGUACAUAUUUCUCACAUAUAAUUUUUUACAUAUAUAUAUAUAUA